UGAGCGGGGAGGGAACAGGGAACGCCGGCGGGAGCUCUCAGCCCCUGAGCUGGAGGGGACGCCGGCCGGCCCCCGCACACUGCGGAGGGAGGCGCGGGCGGCCAUCGCCGCUUCCCGCCGGCCCGGCUGAGGCGGUUUCUCCACGCGGCCCCACCGCGGCCGCCAUUUUACACGGUGUUGGCGGCGGGAGGCGCUGUCGGUGAGGUGGGAGCGGCGCUCGCAGGUUCUGUUUCCUCAGUGAAGGGAGAGGAAGUCUGACUCUGAGGGGCUCGCAGAGCCCGGGAAGGAGUGCAAAACAAACCUGUUAACAACAUUAAGGAGUUGGGUCUGUACUCCAGUUAUCCAGGUUCAGUUCUUGUAAUUCCAGUUUUACAGUUGCUUGUGCUGCCCUUUGCAAAUUAAGAGACUUCACAUUUGAUCUAAAAAUGUUCAACUCUGCAGACAUGGUCUUUCCACUGGAAAAUUUAUUUUAUGAAAGACCAGAUAUGAGACAAAGGUAUCUAGAAAAUGAAGAGCCUAAGACUUGGUUUAUUGCACCUGCUCCAGCUACUGCUGAAAUUCCAUCUGCAGAGGAGUUACAGAGGGAACUGGAAAAAAAGUCAGCCAACACUCAUAUGGGAGGGAGAAAGCACCAGAUGUUUAUACAACAAUGUAACAGUAACACUGAAAAAGUAGAAGACAAAUCAUCAGCACCUGUUCCUUUUGGCAUAGCCUCUGAAAAAGAAGUGCUACAAUUAAGUCUAGGAGAAAGAGAGAAAAUUAGUUUUCAACAUGAAAGUCUGAAAAUAGUUUCAUCAUUUCUCUCUUCUGAUGAAGAUAAAUCUAAAAGAGGAAUAGAGUUUUCUCAGCAACCUGGUGCAAAUUUUUCACAAAAUAAAGUGUUAAGUAAUUUUCCGGAAAACAGUGAUGAUGAUGAUGAGAGUGUCCAUUCAGUGUUAAGAAAAAGCUUAUUUAAAAAGUCUGGUUAUACAUACAAAAAUGCAGAAUUUAAAGCUGGUUCUGUUGAUGUGAAAGAAAUUGAUGCUUGCUUAAAUACAAAUGAAAACGUGAAAGAAGUGAGAAAAGAAAGUUUAUGGAAAAAUAAUCAUCAUGCUCCAAUAACUAAAGACUCAGAUUUUACUUUGCAUAGGGUAAAUAAUGAGGACACUGUGUCUGAAAAUGGAAUUAAAUUUCAAUCAUUUUCUAAUGCUUCAGAGAUUCUGGAUAUGACAGGAACUACAGAAAGAAAAUUGGAAAUUUUGAGGGCUGUUACAGAAAUACCAACCCAAUUUAGAAGUAUUUUUAAGGAGUUCCCAUAUUUUAACUAUGCACAGUCUAAAGCUUUGGAUGAUCUUUUAUAUACAGAUAAGAACUUUGUGAUUUGUGCUCCGACUGGCUCUGGAAAAACUGUAAUGUUCGAGCUAGCUAUUACCAGAUUACUCAUGGAAGCCCCACUGCCUUGGUUAAAUAUUAAAGUUGUUUACAUGGCUCCAAUAAAAGCUUUAUGCAGUCAGCGUUUUGAGGAUUGGAAAGAAAAAUUUGGACCUAUUGGACUCACCUGCAAGGAGCUGACAGGAGAUACACUGAUGGAUGAUUUAUUUGAAAUACAUCAUGCUGAUAUUAUUAUUACUACACCGGAAAAAUGGGAUAGCAUGACUAGAAGAUGGAGAGACAAUUCUAUAGUCCAGCUUGUACGACUGUUUCUCAUUGAUGAGGUUCACGUUAUAAAAGAUGAAAGCCGCGGUGCAACGUUAGAAGUUGUGGUCAGUCGGAUGAAGACUAUUCAGUCUUCUCUUUGGCAUCUGUUAGAGAAGCAUGACACUAUUCCUCCCUUGAGAUUUGUAGCUGUUUCUGCAACAAUACCAAACACUGAAGAUAUUGCAGAAUGGCUUUCAGACAGCAAGAUGCCUGCUGUAUGUCUGAAAAUAGAUGAGGAUCAACGACCAGUGAAGCUACGCAAAAUUGUUCUUGGUUUUCCUUGCAGUGACAAUCAGACAGAAUUCAAAUUUGACUUAACUCUUAACUACAAGAUAGCUAGUAUUAUACAAUCAUACUCAGAACAAAAACCAGCACUUGUGUUUUGUGCCACAAGAAAAGGAGUACAGCAGGCUGCUUCUGUUUUUGCAAAAGAUGCUAAAUUUCUACUGAGUAUAGAACAGAAACAAAGAUUACAGAGGUUUGCAAAUUCAUUGAAAGACUCCAAACUGAGAGAUCUUUUAAUGUGUGGUGUGGCUUAUCAUCAUGCGGGUAUGGAGAUCUCUGACAGAAAAGUAAUUGAAGGGGCUUUUACUGCGGGAGACUUGCCAGUACUUUUUACUACCAGCACCUUAGCUAUGGGAGUCAAUCUACCUGCACACCUGGUGGUUAUAAAAUCCACAAUGCACUAUGUUGGAGGAGUGUUUCAAGAGUACAGCGAAACUGAUAUUCUGCAAAUGAUUGGGAGAGCUGGAAGGCCUCAGUUUGACACUACAGCUACAGCAGUUAUUAUGACUCGUGUGAGCACAAGGCAGAGGUAUAUUCAGAUGUUAAAUGGUGCUGAUAUAAUAGAGAGCAGCUUGCACAGGCAUCUUGUUGAGCACUUAAAUGCAGAAAUAGUGCUACACACUGUCACAGAUGUCACUGUAGCUUUGGAGUGGAUACGAUCAACCUUCUUGUACAUUAGAGCCUUAAAAAAUCCAACUCAUUAUGGUUUUUCACCUGGGUUGGAUAAAAUUGGAAUUGAAGCAAAAUUACAAGAACUGUGUCUGAAGAACUUAAAUGAUUUAUCAUCUUUUGAUUUGAUCAGGAUGGAUGAAGCAAAUAAUUUCAAACCAACAGAAACUGGAAGAUUAAUGGCGUGGUAUUAUAUUGCAUUUGAUACAGUGAAGCAAUUUUUCACAAUUAAGGGAACUGAGACUUUAAAUGAAUUGAUUACAAUGAUCUCCAACUGCACAGAAUUUCUGGAUGUCAAGUUAAGAACAAAUGAAAAGAAAAUACUGAACACUUUGAAUAAAGACAAGGACAAAAUAACUAUCAGGUUUCCAAUGGAGGGGAAGAUAAAAACAAGAGAAAUGAAAAUAAACUGUCUCAUUCAGGCUCAGCUGGGAUGUAUUCCAGUUCAAGACUUUACUUUGACACAAGAUACUGGCAGAAUAUUUAGAAAUGGCUUAAGAGUUACUAGAUGGUUAUCUGACUUUCUGGCAUCAUCUAAGAACAACUUUUCUGCUUUAUUAAACUCUUUGAUUUUAGCAAAGUGUUUCAGGUGCAGACUUUGGGAAAAUUCACUUCACGUGUCUAAACAAUUGGAAAAAAUUGGUGUGUCACUGUCAAAUGCUAUGGUAAAUGCUGGGCUGACGUCAUUUAAAAAAAUUGAAGACAUAAACGCAAGGGAACUUGAAUUGAUUUUAAACAGACAUCCUCCUUUUGGAAACCAGAUAAAAGAGUCUGUUUUGCACCUUCCAAAAUAUGAACUUGAUAUUGAACAGCUUCCAAAAUACAGCGAUACAUUGGCUGAAAUCUUAGUAACCGUCAAAUUAACAAACUAUGAGCAGCUACAGACAAAGAGAACAGCGACAGACUUUCACUAUGUUACACUGGUCAUAGGAGAUGCUGACAACCAAGUCAUUUUUAAUCAGAAAAUUAUGGAUUCUGUGCUACUGAAAAAUGGAAAUUGGACAAAGAAAAUUGAAGUGAAAAGAGCUUUUAAAUCAGAAGACAUUAGUAUAAAUUUAAUUAGUUCUGAUUAUGUUGGCUUUGAUAUACAGCAAACAUAUACAGCCUUUUACUUAGCACCGAAAACAGAGGGACGUAAGGUGGCUACAAAUCGAAAACUGAAAGCUGAGUCUAGACUUGAUGUAUGUUGUGGCUCACCACAAAGUCUGCCAGCAGCAAAAGUAGAUACAGGAGGCAGAUCUAAACAAGAGAUUGCUUACAAGAAAUAUGGAAACAGAGAAUGCAACCAUCGGUGUAAAAAUAAAGAUGUGUGUGGGCAUGACUGCUGUAAAACUGGAGUACCUCCAAAGUCACAGAUGAAUGGUGACACACAGUUUUCUGUGUACCUAGCUGACUUAAGGAGCAGGGACUCAAUUUCAUCUAUACCCCCAGAAAAGCGGCUAAAGAUGCAGAUGUUAAAUCAAGCUCAAAAUGUGGAUCUCAAACAAUUUGGUUUUACACCCAAAUCUUCGAUGCCAGCACUGCCAAGGUCUAGCAAUAAACAGUUGUCUUUAUCACCUUCAGUGGACCAGGCAGAUAAUGUUAAUAGCUUAGGAGUAUCUCAGAAACAAAAGCAACCCUGGAAUUAUGGAAAGACUAAUGCUUUGGACCUGGACUUUGAAAUGAGAGAUGAUAUUUGGGAUGAUAUUGAUGAUGAUAAAUUAGUAUUUGCUAGUAGCUUUGUCAGUAGAGAAUUAGAUGAGUGUGAACCCCUUUGCCAGUAUACAAGAAGCAAAGCCACAAAUACCAUUUCACAAGAUUCAUACACAGUACAUGAUGAGACCAAUAUUCAGAACUCGGAUGUUUCUGUGGUCAAUAGCACAUCAAAAGGGAAUUUAUCUGUACAGAGCAGAAAUAUAACUUUGUUCAGUGUUCAAGAAAAAAAUCACUCAAAUGCUUCUCAAGAGCUGAAAAACAUACAGUGUUCUCCUGUCUCAAAAAUAAUCUCAGACUCUUCUAAAUUCACUAGGAAAGAGGAUUUUUUUAUUUUCACAAAAGAACAGGAAAAAGAAGCAGAUUCCAGCUCUCGGGUGCAAACUGGGCCAGCCAGAGGGGAAGGCCAGGCUGGAGUACCAUGUUCCAGCUGCCGCUGCAUGGAGUGUCCUGGUGUGCUUUUCUCUGCACCGAGCCCAUCUGCGUGUCUGCCCACUCCCAGCCAGCCCAUCACCCUUCAUCAUGUGGGAAAGAAGAGAAGGAAAAGUGCUUUUUCCUUAAUGCAGAACUUCUGCGCCUCUGAGCUGCUGCCCUCUGCAGAGCACGCUGCAGGAAGCGGGGCUCCAGGGACACCGCUGCACGUGACGAGCCCACGUCCGCCUCUGCCAGGAAGGAGCCCACAGCCCUGCUCAGCACAUGAAGACAAACCCUUCUUGGUUAUUGCAUAGCUGCACCAGCUCUCAGCCACCAGCAAAAGGCUUUGGAACUAUAUCAAUGUUAUUUUAUAGCUCUACCCAUGAGGACAUCACCACAAUGGGUAUCCAGUGUCCUACAUCGUCAGGAAUCUUCAGCAUUGGAGAGAAAAGUCUUUCCCCUCUUACUGCUGAGCUGUUCCUCUUGAUACAUUUUUAAUGUCCCCCGGUCAAUCUGUGCCCGAUACCAUGUAUACAUGUCCUAUUGUUCCCCACACUGCAAUGCUCUCCUGUUUUUCCCAAAUGUUGUUACAUUUCCUUUCUCAUUCCUGUGUUUUUCAUCUCUCUUUCCCAUUUGUAUAAUGCAUCUACUGUCUCUGUUGUUUUCCACUUCUAAUUUAAUACCACUGGUGAAUUUGUCUCUCUAUGCAGAUCAUUAAAAACAGGCUAUGUGGGACUGCUUGUAAAAGAAAACACUGCAUUCCCAGGAUAGGUUACACACUGGUGUGUAUCAGUACUCUUUGUUUUGGAGCUUUUAGCUUUGUUUAGUACUUAGGUGCAGAGUGAUCUCUGGAUCCCUUGUUUGCUACUUCAGUGUGAGAAUAGAAGGAACACAAAUUCAAAAGUUGCAGGACUAGAAAGGACCUGUGCAGCCCUAGGGAAAGGGCAGUUUGCCAUGUAAGCAAAGCAAAAAACCAAAUUAACAAAAUCUGAGCCCAGCCACAAAACCAGUCCGUCCCCAGCCUGUGGGCAGUUGGGGGAAGUCCUUUCCUCCUUCCCACCCUCUCUACAAUUUGUUUCAACUCACCAUUGUGCUCAGUGGCUGUAGAGCUGGCAGAAAUGGAUGUGUGCCUGAAAUACCACCAAGAGUGAAAGGCCAAGCUGGCACACCUGUGGUGUAAGGGGAGAGGAGUUCUGCUUCUGUGAGAAGCCAGGAGUCAUGCGAUUGCUUUAAUCCAGCCCUGAUCUCUGUGGCUGGUACAGACAAAAGGGGCAUUUGUGUGCUGAGGUGGGUGGCCGAGUUGGAUGAGGGAACAGAUCCAACUGCAAGCUCCACACUGCCUCAUCAGGCCAACCUGAAUACCAGUAUUGACACAAAGGAGGGAGUUGCUGGGGCAGGAAGGGAAGAUGGGUUGACACAGACUGAGCAAUAUCAUCACAGGGUCAGUGAAGAGUGAGGCUCUAGGUGCACGAGUCUCUUCCUGGUGCCUGGUUUUAGGAUGUAGAUGGCACUGCUGUGCCUGUGAGGUCUGUACAUGUCAGUUGAUGCCCAGAGUAAAUCUGUGCCCAUGUGUUAAAGCAGCAUUGGACUGACAGACCCAUCCCUUCAUUUUGCUUGUGCUCCCUGCUGGAGUGUUUUCACUAGGAAAGCUCUCAUUCUCAGCCCUGUGUUAGACAGGGGCAGAUGGGCUCAUAGUUGCAGCUCUGACUGGGUUAAAGGAUGGCCUUGGGCAGCAGCAGGAAUUCUGAAAGCCCCUGCAGGCUGCAUCUCCUGGCACAGAAUCCCUUCGCCCUUGGCCCUCCUCGGCUGCAGUGCAGGAGGCAGCCAGCAUUGCCCGGAUGGUAGUUUUAACUCUUUGUUACCUAAAAUUCAGACAGUGUCAAAGCAACAUAGCAGUAAAUAAACCACUGGCCUCUUUCUACAGUCACGUCCCUUGUGUUGCCCUUGCUACUAGUGUUAAUAAUGUUGUGUGCAAUUUCCC